AUGCAAGUGUAAUAUGGAGCAGUACCGAAUCCUUAGGCAUUGGGUAAUGCAAUAGGAAAUGCUAUAGUUGGAUAAAUAUAAUAAUAUGGAGCUUAGUUUUUCACUGCAGAUGUAAAGUGAAUAAGUAAUAUUAGCCGUUUGCUGGAAUAAAUUAUAUGCUCAUUGAUUAAAAACCAGAGUAAAUUAUGAAUCAUAAUUUUAGUUGCAUUGAAUGUAUAUGUCCAUGUGUAGGUGAAAAAAAGAAUAGUUAUCAGAUUUCAGUCUCUGAAUAAACAGGACUCAUUGCUUAAUAGUAGCUUGGAAUAAUUAAAGAGGAAUCUGAAUGUCCUUAAAGGUUCUUUUGUUAAUGUUGGAGAGCAUUAGAUCUAUUAUUUAUAAAUAAUUAAAAUCAAAUCUUAUUCAAAGCACAAAGUAAUGAUCAAUGAUUUAUUUUAGGAAUUUAUAAAGUACCUUCAGUUUUAUGUUUACCAUUUGAGAGACCAGAAAUGGUUGUAUCUCGUGACUCUGAAGUUAUAGGUUAUCUCAAAUAACCCUUUAUGUGUUGUGGUAGAUCAGAGUAAUUUAUCACAUUUAUAUUAAGAUGUCCUUUACCAAUUCUCGAGGAAAUUGAUAUAUGUGAUCCUUCAGGCAACACAAGAUAUUUUAUUUCUGGAGAAUUUGUUCAAUGCGGUUGUAUUACAAGAAUGUGUGGCAUACCAAGAUUUACAGGACCUUGUUAAUACAUUGACUAUGACAUUUAUAACCCUAUGAAAUAGAAAGUAGGAAGAAUUAGAAAUAUUUUUAAUGGAUGUGCUUAAGAAUAUUGUAGCAAAGCUGAUAAAUUUUUGAUUGAAUUCCCUCCUUAAUGCACUUCUUAAGACAAAUGCCUAAUUCUUUUUGCUGCUAUCACAAUUGAUUACGAUAACUUUGAAUAUACAUUUUGCAAUAUGCCUUGA